GACCUCGGGGAUAGGUCUUUGGAGGGGUACGGAGUAGGGAGGCCUUCUCCAGGGGACCUCACAUUAGAAGUAGAACCAUACUCAGGAAAAGCAGGAGGGACUUACACAGUGGCCCCCUUCCUUGGGGCAGCAGGCUGAGGUUGUACCUUGCUGCUGGGGUGUCGUGGGUGCCUGUGCACUGCUCCUGGCGACCCUCGCAGCAGCCCUUCCUGUGAUGGGAGGCCAGGCUGCGCGUCCGUCCUGCAGCCAUCUCCAGGGCUGGGGCUCAAGGCUGGGGCGCAGCUCCUCACGCCUCAACCGGCCACCUGAUGGGCCAGCCGCAGCCCUGCGUCCCCCCGCCUCUGGCUGCUGGUGUGUGCCCUCCAGCCUCGGCCCCGCUCCCAGAGAGGCCACAGUGCUCUUACUUUCACACGUGCGCUUUCAGACCCACGGGGGGUGGUGGUUCUCGGUGGGCCAGCAGCGACGUCUUCCGGCGUCAGAGCGGGCCGCAAACCGCUUUCGCAAGUUGAGAUACGUCCGCGCUCUGUCAGCAGCGCGCACCGUGGAGUGCUGUUUUUAGUGCACCCACAGAGUUGUGCAGCCAUGACCUCUGUCUAGCUCCAGAACAUUCCAUCACCCCGAAAUGAGCCCUUUGUCCAUUAGCAUCACUGCCCCAGCCCCCGGGAACUAGUCUCUCUCUCGAACAGCUUCAUUGAGAGAACGAUUCACGUGCGGACAGUUCUCCCGUUUGAAGUGCACAACUGACCGGUUUCUAGCACUUUCACAGACAGGUGUGGCCACCUCCACAUUUCCCUCACCCCGAAAGCCGCCAGUGCCCUGUAUCCGCGGCCUCUUACCUGUGCUCUUUGUCCAUUUGCUGUUCUCAUGUAGCCGGCGGGGGGGGGGUGACUGGAGGCAGAGAAAGGCUGGCGCAUUCUGAGGCGUCCUCUCCUUCCUCUGUGGCCGUAUCUGACCCUGAUGCCUUCCUGCUGUCCUGGGCACGUAGGCUCAGUGUGCCCGCGAGCCGGCCCGGUGUGGUGGAGCAGUCAGUCGUCCCAAAGCCAGGAGUCCGAGGCCCUGCGUGCUGGGCUCCUGGUCCUCGCAGAGGCGCCCGGGCCCCAGGGAAUCGCCCAGCCUGCAGCCACAGCCCUGCUUGUCCAGAGGCCCUGAUGGGGGGUGCCAGAGCCGAGUGCAGCCGGCCACUGCAUGGGUCCUGAUGCUGGAGGGGAGGGGUUUCCUUCUGCUGCGCUUCCACGCUGCCAUCCGUGGUCCCUGGGAGGCUCCGGGUGCAGACGUGCUGUUGCCUGGAUUAGAGGCACCGGGCCUGCUGGGCCCCACACGAGUGCUUUCUCUGGCAGCUCGGUGGUUUACCCGCGGGAAGCGUGCAGGUCGGCCGAGCCCUAGUCACAGUCGUGCAGUUCUCACCAGGGCUAAGCUUAAGACAUCCCCCUCCCCAGCCCUUGGCUCCCACGAGCCCCCUUUCCGUCCGUGGACGUGUCACAUACGUGGACUCACACCUUGCAUGGCCUGUGUCCGCUUCCCUCUCUGUGCGUUGUGGUCCGUCCUCCCUCCCGCUCGCAGCCAGGGACACUCCUGUGUAUGGGGAACCGUGUGUGUACCCGUUUCCCCAUCCCAGUGCACAUUUCGGCCGCUUUCACCUCACGCCCUCCCUGAGUCGGCCGCUCUGAACACCGGGUGUCUCCCAUCAGGUUGCUGGGCGAGCGGGGCUGCCGUGCUGUCCGUGUCCCAAGCGGCAGGCGGCGCGCCCAGCGGUUACUGACGCCCGCUGGUGCUGUUGGUGCGUUGGGCAGGGCCCCCGAGGGUCGGCGCUCAUCCCCGAGAGACAGGCCCACACCGUCCACGAGCUGAGCGGGAUCACGAGCGUCCCCACUUCAGAACACCUGGCCUUGGACUUCCCAGCAGGUCCCGCCGAGCAGCUCUUGGGGACCUGGCCCAGAAGCCUAACCUGAGAUUUGACCGCACCCCCAGGAUGCCCUAGUCCGUCCAUGGUACCCACGGGGAGGAGACUGGUUAGGGGUUGUCCCUCAGCCACCUGCGAUCCUGGGGUCUUUCACAAGAACGUGGCCUAGUUGUGUUUCUGGAAUGUUCUGAAACCCCCAGUGGGAAGAAGUUCCGGAGCAAGCCCCAGCUGGCGCGGUACCUGGGGGGCUCCAUGGACCUGAGCACCUUCGACUUCCGGACGGGCAAGAUGCUCGUGAGCAAGAUGAACCGGAGCCGCCAGAGGGUCCGCUACGACUCGGCCAGCCAGGCCAAGGGCAAGCCGGACCUGAACACGGCCCUCCCUGUCAGACAGACGGCGUCUAUCUUCAAGCAGCCGGUGACCAAGAUCACCAACCACCCCAGCAACAAGGUGAAGAGUGACCCACAGAAGGCCGUGGAGCAGCCUCGGCAGCUUUUCUGGGAGAAGAAGCUGAGUGGUCUCAAUGCCUUCGACAUUGCCGAGGAGCUCGUCAAGACCAUGGACCUCCCCAAGGGCCUGCAAGGCGUGGGGCCAGGCUGCACGGACGAGACCCUGCUGUCAGCCAUCGCCAGCGCCCUGCACACCAGCACCAUGCCCAUCACUGGGCAGCUCUCCGCCGCCGUGGAGAAGAACCCUGGGGUGUGGCUGAACACGGCCCAGCCCCUCUGCAAGGCCUUCAUGGUAACCGAUGAGGACAUCAGGAAGCAGGAGGAGCUGGUGCAGCAGGUGCGCAAGCGGCUUGAGGAGGCGCUGAUGGCCGACAUGCUGGCUCACGUGGAGGAGUUGGCCCGGGACGGCGAGGCACCUCUGGACAAGGCCGGCGCCGACGAGGACGACGACGAGGACGACGAGGACGACGAGGACGAGCCCGACCAGGACCAGGAGAUGGAGCACGUAUAAAGCAGAGGCCCCGUGGAGGCCUGCGUGCGGGGAGCCCCCUGCAGACUCCGCUGUCUCUACACUCGGACCAGGCUUUGGGGCCCGGCCCAGCAGGCCGGGGAUGAUGGCAGCCCCUCCUAGGCCUUCCCAGGCGUAUCCCCUCCUCUGGGUCCACCGGGGCACGGCUGGAGGACGGUUCCUGCCUGACGGGCCCCCCCCGUUUGCUCUCCUCUGAAGGGUCUGGGUCCAGAAGCCCCCGUCGCCCUGGGCCUGGCUGCAGUGGGCCCUCCUUGGAGCCCUCCCCCCACCCUGGACUCGGGCCAGCCUCGUCCCCACGGCCACAUCACACAGGACAGCUGCCGCGGGGCGGCCUGUGAGGGUCCCCAAGGGGCUGGAGAAAUAUUUUUUGGAACAGUCUUGCUCCUUGCUCCUAGCGUGUGAGGGACGCUGCUCCAGGGUCCGCACGUUAGCCCUCCAGGAAGGGGGUGCGGGAAGGCUGCCCUGCGUGCCCACUGGCGGGCGAGACCAUGACCGCUCCGAGCUCAUCUGAAGGCAAACGCACAGCCCAGACGUUUUCCUUCAAUAAACCCAUGUACAAACGAGGCUGGACGUCCGCUCAACUGCUCAGCCCAUGUGUCUGCUGCACAUGGAGGCGAACUUUGCCUUUGUGUCGGGGGAGCUCACUGUCGACAGCGCAGCCGACCCUGCCCGCGGUCAGCCGGCCACCGACGCCAGCCAACUCCUGGCCAACGUCCCGGUCCGGGGCUCCAAGGCAGCUGUGCCACCGGCCAGGGCUCCUUGUCCCCCUCCCCCUGUGGCGGGGACGGUGACACCCGGCGCUCAGGGCCAGAGCUGGUGCUGGGGCCACGGCCUCUCCAGCGUCCUGUCCUGGGUUGUGUUCUGUGGGCCCAGCGUUUCCAGCACCCGCUGCCCAGAGCAGCGGCCUCAGAGGAGCUCGGGGUGCAGAGGCUGUUGGAACCGUGUCACUCCGCCUGCCGCCUCUUAGCCGGAGUGCCUUGGGUGAGGGGAGCCCUCCCGUCCCUGCUCAGCCCCGGCCCACAGCCCAAGACUGUUGUGUGGGACCUGGGCUGUUGCAUGUGUGGCUGUCACCCUGGCUGAUGCGGAGGGUGGGGGAGGUAGUGGGAGGCACCUGGCGGUCCGAGGACGCCGGCCCAGCUCGGCACACGGCAGCAUCGGGCCCGGCCCAUCAAAGCACAAAUCCUCUGGGACCAGCGUGGGAGUGCGUGCAGGCCCGCAGGGGGGCGCGGGCCACCACCGGCCCCCAGGAGGGCCCCUCCCCUGCGGCCACAUGGCCUCCUGCCCUUCAGAGGUCACAGCUGCUGAGGGAGCUCUGUCUGGGGCUGGCCCCUGCGUGGGCCUGAGGUCCAGGUGCUGGGGGCCCCUGCCCAGCAGGGGGGACUGUGGGGCCCGGGAGGCGCCGUGUCCUGUGGGCGACUGUUGAAUAAAGCCGUCUCAGUGAGUGUG